UCCACCUCCCUGGCAAUGAAUUACUUUGUAAAAGAUCAGCAGAAAUCACCUAUCCGUUAUUUUCUUCAGACGCCAGGCUUAGCACUGUGCUUUACAAAGCUUAAAAUCAUGCAGCUUUUUAUAUCUGUAGUUGAUGCAUUCACAGAUAAAGCAUUCCAUGGAAACCCUGCUGCUGUCUGCCUGUUGGAUUCUGAAUUAGAUGAAGAUAUCUAUCAAAAAAUUGCAGCUGAAAUGAACUUGUCUGAGACUGCCUUUAUCCUAAAAAAGAGUCCUACGGAUGACUUCAGCACAAGUUCACGCUUUGGACUGAGAUGGUUUACACCAACUACUGAAGUUUCCCUUUGUGGGCAUGCUACCCUGGCAUCAGCUGCAGUUUUAUUUCAGUUGAAAAGUAACAUUAAUUCAACUCUUGUUUUUGAGACUCUGAGUGGAGACCUUUCGGCAAGACAGUCGGCUGACCAAAUUGUACUAAACUUCCCUCUCUGCUCAACAGUUCAUCAGGAUCUUCAAGAAGUGAAGGACCUGGUAAAGGCAGCAGUGAGUGAUCUCGCUGUUCAAGAUGUCCGGUACUCCUCUGACACACAGAAGCUUCUUAUACGGCUUAGUGACUUCUAUCAAAGGUCAGACCUGGAGAACCUGAAAGUGAAUCCACAAACUCUGCUCAUGGCUGAAAAGUCUGGAAGGGUAAAGGGAGUAAUUGUUACUCUGAAGGGAAGCAACAGCGAAACCACCACAAGCUUUGAUUUUUAUUCCAGGUACUUUGGUCCAUGGUGGGGGAUUGCAGAAGAUCCAGUAACAGGCUCAGCUCAUACAGUAUUAAGCAGUUACUGGUCUGAACAGCUUGGCAAAAAGGAAAUGCUUGCCAAUCAAUGUUCUCGACGGGGAGGUAUGCUACGACUUUCUGUACGACAAGAUGGAAGAGUGGACAUUGCUGGCCAAGCAGUAGUUGUGCUGAAAGGAAACUUAACAUUGUAACACAAUAUUCCAGUGAAGCAUUACAUAAAGCAAUGUGCUUUUGACUGAGUUCAUAUGAAAGAACUGUAUAUCACAUUUUCCACUCACAUCUAUAACACAGGAGUGUUAAGCAGGAAAUAAAAAAAAACUAAUAUCAAAGCACACUGAUGUUUCCAGUACAUCUUUGUCAGAAUUUUAAUAAACAUUUGAGGAGUGUAUGUAUAGAUCUACAGGACUAUUCA